ACUGGAUCAGUGAAUUACUGUAGUAUUUGUUUUUCCAACUUUUAAAGUUGUAGUAAUUUAACAAAACAAUGACCCACAACUAUAACUAUUAUUAAUUUAAUUUAUACCUAAGUUUUCAUUUUUAUUUAUUUUUUAAUAACAAAGGUGCCAUAUUAAUACUAUUAAAUAUCUUUAGGGUUCUAUAUAAAUAAAAUAAAUCAAUUUCAAUUCGUAAACCAUGUCAAUGCCAGUAUUUCCUACGAAUUCACCCCAAAUUCCUCAAGGCAUGCAACAGGUGCAACAGCAACAACAGCAACAGCAGCAGCAGCAGCAGCAGCAGCAACAACAACAACAACAACAACAACAGCAGCAGCAGCAGCAACAACAACAGCAACAACAACAGCAACAGCAGCAGCAGCAGGAAAAAUUGGACAAUAUAUCAAAAGUCAAAACUCAAGUGAUUCAACUCAAAGAAUCAUUAAAUUGUGUACUACGUGCAGCUUCAUAUACACUGCAACAAAAUCAUUACAUAGAUACUGGAUUACUAAAAACUGUUGACAUGCCCAGUCCUCGUUUUGAGAAAGCCAUUGAAGAAUUCUUUUCAAUUUGUGACCAAAUUGAAUACAAUCUUAAAACUGCUAUUGAAUGUCAGCAACAAGGUAUUAUAUUCACGUGUAUAAAGUACUCAAUUUUUUAAAUUUAACUAAAAUUAAUUUAAAAGUAUUAAGGGUUCUUAAGUUAGAAUUUGAUAUAUUCAGUCAUAGGCCAUGUGAAAUUCAUAGACAUUAGUAAAAAAUAGAUUUACGUGCACUACACAUUGAAGAUUUAAAACUAUUUCAUUAUGAAUUAGAAAUUCAAUUACCUUUAAACAUCAUAAUACAUAUGGAAAAAAUUGUACCUACAUGUAGUUAUAUUAGUGCCAGACUGACACAUUAGAGAUUCCUAGAGAAAUUGUUUUAUGGGCCUCCAUAGAUGAAAAAUACAAAUAUCAUGAAAAUCAAUGAAAUAUUAAGUCAGAAGCCAGUGUCAUCAGUCUAUUAUAUUUAUUAAAAUAAAAACGGAUUUUAUAUGACAUUGAUUGGUAAAUACCUGCUAUAUUAUAAAUAUGAUAGAUUCACAAAAUACAUUUUCAAUAUUUUGACUUGUACACAGAGGUAUAAUAAUAAAUGAUUAUAUUUUAUUAUUUUACUGCAUUCUGCAAUAGUCUACAAAAGACAAUGAGUAGUUAAAUGACAAUAUUUUCUAAAUCUUAGGGUCUGAGAGACCUCCAGACACAAAUACGAUUGAGGGCUUUUUUUCCGCGUUUGCGCGUUAUCAGACAUAGUUAGGCCGACACUGAGUCAUAUGAAUUUUAAUACAAUACUAUAUUAUUAUAAUAAUACAAAUUAUUACCCUGGGUUAUUUAAUUAAUAUAUAAGGUGUAGUGUGACCAAUGGAUUGGCUCAGAACACUCGCACCUCAUUAUGUGGCUAUAUUAAACCUAAUAUAUCUAUUGUUGUUAUCUAUUUACUUAACAUUUAUUUUUCAAAUAUCAAAUAAUGUAUGAAAAUACAAUUCUUAUUUUUUACUGAUGAAUGCUUCAAAUAAUGCUUGCAGAAUUUUCAUAACUAAAUACAUAAUACAUAUACAGGAUGUAACAGGACUCUUUGACUUUUAGAUUCCGAGUAGAACGAAGAAAUUAAUAGUUUUUCAAAGAUUUUUUAUUUUUUUAAUCUAUGCGCGAUUUUUCUACCAGAAAACAUGCUUGAAUUUCUGCUUGUAGCAUGAAUUUCUACUUAUUUUCUGAAAGGAAAUCGGCGUGGGGGGGGGUACUUUUUAGGAGGUCAUUUUUCGAUUUUCUCAUCAAAUGCAAAAAACCAAAGAAGAAAAAAAAAAUAAGGAAAAUAUAAGAAAUUUAGGAAUUAGUUAAAAUAUAUUACAUAGGAAAAUUGUUGGAAAACUGAAAAAAUUGGUACAGCAUUUAACAAAGUUUAUUAAAGAAAAUAUAUUAAGCCUAUUUAAUUAUUUUACUAAAAACUGACUAAUAUAUUAUUGACAAAGCAUCACUAUCAACUGAACUCUGCUCAGAAUCGUUUUUUGUAAGCAAUGGUUUAUCGUUGCUUAUAAAUAUACAUUAAAUUUCCGUAUAUAAACUGCCUUCCUAACUUCACACCUAUCUCUGUAGCUAUACCCAUCCCCAUUUUCUUACCUUUCUUUUUUACAUUGUAGUUACAUGUACAAUCGUCAAAUAGUCCAGUACACCCUGUAUACAUAUUAUUGUGUACUCUGAACCAUUGCCCGUUCUGUUAUAAAUAAAAAUAAAAAUAAAAUAAAUCUGUAUAUCUUUAUAAUCUACAUUUAUUAUAGAGAUAAUAUAAUUUAUAGUUUCAACAUGAAUGAUUCUAUAUAUUUCAAAACCUGGGAAGUACUAUUAAUAGGAACAAUACUGGUUUAAAAAGAAUUUUGUAAACAUUUAUUAACUACACUAGGAUAAUAUUUUCAUGCCUCACUGAAAAAAUUGUGCACAGAUUUGAUUUGGUUUUCGUUAUCAGUAUAAAAUGUAUUUAAUUAUGUAUAUAUAAUUAAUCCUAUAUAUAUAUAUAUAAAUAAAAAAAACAUAAUAACUUAAUCAAAAAUUACAAUUAUAAUAAGUAAAACUAUUGUUUACAAUAAUAAUAAACACCUGUUGUUUUAUCUAAAAUUAUCAUUUUAUUUUUGUUAUUCAUCGGUUCGUCAAACCAAUUUUUGUAUUUAUGUAGAAGGGUCAAACUCCUUAUCCUGGUAUCGCCCAUUAUAGAUCUCAACUGUGUUUUUAAACUGAACAAUGCACUAUAAUCAGAUUUUAUUUAUAUUAGAAACAUAAAGGCAUAAUUUUACUUAUUAUUUCAUGUUUACAAUAUAUUUUUUCUUUAAUAAAAUCUUAAUGCUUCUCACUAAUGUAAUACACAGGCACCCUGUUAUUAACUGUAUUUAAAUAUUGUAAUAUCUCUAACAUACUUAUUUCGUAAACCAUACUUCAAUUCUUAAUACUCUUACUUUAUUAUACAUUAAAAAAAAAAAAAUAUAUUAUAUACAUUACCACUUAGUUAAUAUUAAAUUAUUAAUGUUUAAAGUUGUUUUUAAAUUGCACUGAUUUUUCAAUCGCACUAGAUUUGUUCAUCUCUACUGAAUCAUAUUUUUACACCCAUUAGUUUUGUUUGUUGUACAAAUAACCAUUAAAUCCAAUUUACAGUUUUUUAUUUGAUUAUAUAUAAUUUUCACCAUAUAAAAUUUAAAAUUUCUUAUCAACAAACAAAAUAUAGAAUUAUUACAGAAUAAUAUAAUGUAGAAUAUAGGUACUUACUUUUAUUGGAAAUUUAUCUAUAUAUCUUAUAUAUGAAUUAUUUUGAUUGAACUACUUUGAAUUUCCAAUUAUUAUAUAUUGCUCACCGAAAAACUCUUAAUAAUAAUAUAGAAUCAUAUUGGAGAUCAAUUUACCUAGAUCUAUAUACUAGAUAUUUGGAUUUCUACUCAUUACAUAUUAUGAUACGCUAAUAAAACAUAUACUAACUAAAUGCCAUCAAUACAAAACACAAAGAAAAGAAAAAAAAAUCAGAUCAAUUAGACAAAACUUUAAGACCACAUAGAAAUAAUAAACAAAAUAUUAUAUUUUUGAAAACAAACAGCUAAUUUAGAAAUUGUUUUGAAAAAAUUUAAAUAAUAUUCAAAAUCCUCAUACCUCUAGCUAAUUAUAUCUUUGUUUUUGAAGAUCCUUGUAGGUGUUCAGAAUAUUCCCACUGGACUUCUACCUGUUAUGAGAAAUAACAAAUGAAAUUGUGUCAGGUCACGAGGAAAGAGGAAUUUUAAGUAGUAUGAAUUUUUAUGAAAAUAAACAUAGAAGGAAAGUAGUAGCCACCUGAAUACUGAAAAAGAGGGGGUUGGAUUUAAAUGAUAUGAGGACAGUUGGUAUAUGCAAUGUAGAAAAUUGAGUCAGUGGAAAUUUAGAAUGGGAAUAGCUUACCCUAAAUAAUGGGAAUGAAGGUGAAAGUGUUAAAAUAUAACAGGGCUUUUUACUAAUAUUUUUUUAUCGUGACUUGUUUUCCUUAAUUCCUUUGUUCAUAUUAAUAUGCGGAAUGAUCUUAAUUAUAAUUAAAAUUGAAAACAUCAGUUAUUGAUUUCAGUGUAAGACAAUUAUUAAUAUAACUAAUUCAUUUUACCACCUUCUUAAAAUAUUUGCUUGGCGACUCAUUAAAUAUAAAUAUUUAAUGUUUAAUGAAACCCAUUAACAAAAAAAACAUUACCAAUUAUUUAUUUUCCCUAUUUGAAUUAAAUUACUUGGUACAUAAAUGUAAUAUAAUAUGCAAUAGGUUUGAUCUAUUUGUAUUUUUAAUACCCAACAAAAACAUAAUAUUUAUGUUAAAUUUUAAUUUGAUUUUUUUUUUUUGUGAUAACUAACUAAAAAUUUAACCUAAGUAUAAAUAACUAUUAAAGUAACUAUUUAGAUAAAAACAUAAUUAUUGUUUGUAGAUUUAUUUGAACUAAAUUUUUUUGAAUCUACUAAAAUAUUGUUUUACUUUGAAACAUAAAUAUACAAAGGAAAGUCCUACUUAAGUAUUUAUAAUUAUUUAUAUAUUAAAAUAUUAUACCCGAGAAUAUUUGAUUUGCAAUAUAAUGUUAUACACUAUAUUAUAUUAGAUUGUCAAUAAAUAAAUACCGAUUAUAUUUUUAAAAAUCUAUUCAACAUAAAAAUUAUACUUUUAUACAUACAUUUUAGUAUCUAUUUAAUUUUAUUAAAAAAAAAAAAAAAAAAACAAUUGAUUAGUAAUAACUUUUAUAUCAAAAUCUCUUUACAUAAUUUCUAAUUUGUUUAGGUAUCAUAGUAUUGAUUUUAUUUUUAAAAAUUUACGUUCCGUUUACAUAAUCUCUCAAAAUAAUAAUAAUAUCUAUAAUAAAUAAUUUAAUACUUAUCAGCUUAAUUCAAAAAUGUAUGUAUUUAUAUCUAGGUAUGAAUUGAAUUACUUAUUAUACUAUAUAAUUAUAACCUGGACAAUUUUGUAAUUCACAUAUAUAUUAAUGUUUAGGCUUAAGCAGUCAGCGAUAUAUACCACUGAUGGUAUAUCCUACAAGAACAGAACCAUUGCCAGCCCAGGAGUUAAGUUCACUAACAUAUCCUCAAUAUUUAAGCACAGUUCGAUCACAGAUUUCUUAUUUAAAAGAAGUUCAAGAACUACUUUUAUCUGCAUCUCAAAAUAAUUCUAAUGAAUAAUUAUUUUUUUUUUUUUUUUUUAUGUAUAUUUAAAUAAAAUAAUUGUAUAGUUCUUUAAGGUGUAUUUUAAUUUAAAAAUUUGUAAUAAUAAUAAUAAUAAUAAGAAUAAUAAGAAUAUAAUAUUAAUAAGAUUAAUGUUAAAACCAGAAAAUAAUUUUUAAUGUUCAAACAAUUUCAUAAUUUCCUGUAUAUAAAGAUGUUUCGGAUGUAAACUUAACAGGAGUGUUAUCGUCAAUUGCCCUAAUUUCCAACGGCUUAAUUUUAUUGUAAGAAGAUUUUGACAUGAAAUCUACUUUAAUUGGAAAGAAAUCUGAAGCAAUUGAUUUGGGUGCUUCAAAUUCAAUAGAUCCUGUAGGGUUAGACGAAUCAACUACAGCAACAGACCAUAUUAAAACAUUUUUCUUAGGCUCAUAACUAUAGACUCCACUGCAUUCUUGAAUAACUGGAGCAUUUCCAAAUGGUAAUGGAACAGUGACAGUAACAUUAUUCAAUUCAAGAUCAACAUGUUCCAAGUUAUAUUCAAUAUUUACAUCACAGCCACCAUAACCAUUUUCACUAGGCCAGCAAUUAAUAGAAAGCGGUAUAGCCGAUUCUUCUUGUGACUGUAAAGUCCAUUUUAAUAACCCUACUUCAGAGUCAACUGGAAAUGGCUUUGUUGGAUUUUUCAAACCUAUUAAUCGGUUAGUCUUAAAAAGUUCCUUGUCAAUAUUAGGAUGCGUUUGCAGUGGAAUGUUUCCAGAUUCAGUAUUAAAUUGUAAAACAAUUUUUUGAUAGUUUUCAUUUGAAAUUCUUAAUGAAAUUAAUCCAUGUAAUUCAAAAUUGCGAACGCCUCCAUCACGACCAACAAUUGCAAUUAAACGUUCUUCUUUUUUAAUAUGGAUAUCGCUUUGAACCGUUGAUGAAGUAGAUAUAAUAGUUGCUUUCUUAUUAAUUGGUACAACUUUCUCACCUUCAGAUUUCAAUUGAUCAACAAACAAAUCUACAUCCUUAGAUUUAGCUCCUAAUUUUAAAGCCUUAUUGGUUGUUGUGUAUUUUGGUGUUUCUGGUUUGGAAACUUUAAUUUCAUAAAUCGAAUCUGCAACUGGAGUCAUUGACAUGUAAGAAUUUGAUGACGAUGAUAUACGGCCCCCUUUUUUGACAGCAUCGAUUCUUUGACGUUGUAAUUCUUUUGCUUUUUCGCGCAUUUUGACUUUGGCAUCACGUUCUUGUGAUUGACGGACAGCUUGAUACAUUUUCUCUUCGUGAGAAUCCAUUUCAACAAAUGUUCUUACUUGUGCUAAAUUAACACUUUCCCUAUAUCCAAGGGCAACAAUUUCAUCAAAAGCAAAUAUUAAAUCAAAAGACUUUUUUGAUACUUCGCUCUCGUCUACUAACCUAAAUCAGAAUAAUUUAAACAAAUAUUAAUUAAACAAUCACAAACUUUAUUCAUAAUGUUAAAUUUAUUACUUGCAACAGUCGAGUACUACUUUUGAAAACAAUCUCAAUGUUUCUAAAUCCUCCAAUAUGUUGCUGGUCUUAGUAGUGAUUAAUAACAUAUAGAGUUUGUCCAAUGGUUGGUAUACAUAGCGUACCGAAUCUGUUUCCACAAAGGUGUGUUGAAUAUGACGCUUUUCUGUUGACAUUAGCUUGGGAAAUGCUGCCAGUAAACCUUCAAUCCGCGCUUUUGUCAUUUCAACAAACUGUCGUGAAACUAUAGUUUUUCCAGUUUUUGUACAUACUGCUGAAGCCAACAGCACCAUUUUGCCAAGAUAUUUGUGCAAACUAGUAAAAUAUAUUUUACGAUGAAUACAGAAACAUUUGUUCAGUAAAUCAAAAUAAUUAGUUUUUUACCUGUAACAACUUAAAUCACAAUGAAAAUGAAACCAUUAAAUAAUCGGAAAACUAAGUAAGAGGAUAAAAUUUGCAAUUUGCAAUGAACAGUAAAAA